AUGGGCAGGAGACCACCAAGUGGGCCUCCAUUACAGAUUCACUUUCACCAGGCCUUUCUCAACAACCAGGUGGGGUUUCUGAGGGUGGACCUGGGCCUCUUCAACAAGGCAAACCCCCUGAAGUUCCCGGGGAGCGCGAGAGAUGGCGACACAGAGCAGCACGACCGGGCUGCAGAGCGCGAGCCCCAUGGCGGUCUCCAGGGGCGGGGGGCGGGGGUCGCGAACCUGGGCUCUGACGUCGGAGGCGGGGCCGACGGCCGUGACGCGCGGGGGUGGGGCUGCGCGCCUUCCCGGACCGGGCGGCGAUUCAUUCAAAAGGCGCGCAGGUUGCGCGGCCGCCCGUGCGCUCGCCGAGCCGGGCUCGGGCACCGCGUCGGCGUGGGAGCUGGGCUGCUGGAGCUGCCGCGGGGCGGCCAGCCCUGUCCUGGAAGGAGGACGGCAGCUGCCUGCCUGCCUGCCUGCCUGUCCCAUCUCCGUCUGAGCCUCCCCUCCAUCUGCCUGAGGCUGGGGACCCACUGGGGCUUGAGGAUGAAGCUGAGCCCACCGCACUGGCUCCUAUCCUGCCUCCUUGUGCUGUUGCCCUGGCCUCUGGCCACUGCCACAUCAACAACCCCUUGGCCGUGCCCACCCGGCGAGGAGCCCAACCUGGAACCAGGGCAGGGCACAUUAUGCAGGUCCUGCCCCCCAGGCACCUUCUCAGCUUCCUGGGGCUCUAGCCCUUGCCAGCCGCACUCCCGCUGCAGCCCUCGAGGGAGGCUGGAGGCCCAGGUGGGCACGGCAACUCGAGACACACUAUGUGGAAACUGCCAGCCUGGGUGGUUUGCCCUGUCAGAGGUCCCCCAUGUUCCCUGUCAGCUGUGCUCCUGGACACCCCUGGGUCCUCGUGGCUGUUACGAGCGGGGGCGACGGGCCCGACGUGGCGUGGAGGUGGCAGCAGGGGCGAGCGGUGCAGGGGAGACGCGGCAGCCUGGGAACAGCACGCGGGCGGGCAGCCCCGAGGAGACGGCUGCCCAGUACGCGGUUAUUGCCAUUGUGCCCAUCUUCUGCCUCAUGGGGCUGCUAGGCAUCCUGGUGUGUAACCUGCUCAAGCGGAAGGGCUACCACUGCACGGCCCACAAGGAGGUCGGGCCUGGCCCUGGAGGCGGAGGCAGCGGGGUCAACCCUGCCUACCAUACUGAGGAUGCCAAUGAGGACACCAUUGGGGUCCUGGUGCGCCUGAUCACAGAGAAGAAAGAGAAUGCGGCGGCCCUGGAGGAGCUGCUGAAGGAGUAUCACAGCAAACAGCUGGCGCAGACCAGCCACAGGCCUCUGCCCAGGCUGCCGCCGGGCCCACCCAGCAUGCCGCACGUCUGCCUGCAUCGCCACCACCUCCACACUGUGCAGGGCCUGGCCUCCCUCUCUGGCCCCUGCUGCUCCCGUUGUAGCCAGAAGUGGCCCGAGGUGCUGCUGUCCCCCGAGGCUGCAGCUGCCACCACUCCUGCUCCCAGACUCCUGCCCAACCCAGCCAGGGCGCCCAAGGUCGGGGCCAAGGCAGGACGCCAGGGCGAGAUCACCAUCUUGUCUGUGGGCAGGUUCCGUGUGGCCCGAAUUCCUGAGCAGCGGAUGAGUUCGGUGGCCUCGGAGGUGAAGACCAUCACGGAGGCCGGGCCCUCAGUGGGUGAUCUCCCUGACUCCCCACGACGUGGCCUCUCUAGUGAGCAGCGGGUACUGCUGGGAAGUGGUGGAAGCCACCCUAAAUGGCUGAAGCCCCCAGCAGAGAACAAGGCCGAGGAGAACUGCUAUGUGGUCCGGCUGAGUGACAGCAACCUGGUCAUCUGAGGGGCUGUCUCGUCUGAGGAUACUGCAGCCCUGCCCUGGGAGGUUCCGAAGGCUUCCUGGAGGAGGUAGAGCUGCAGCUGAGCCAGUGAGGAUCCAGAAUGGCCCAGCAGACAGACAGCCAAGGCCAAGGCCUGGAGGUGGGAGCGUCCACCCCAGUGAGGAGGCAGGCCAGCUGGCCGGCGGGUGCUAUGUGCCGGAGCAGGUUGAGAGCCCCUCCCGUCCCUGCCGCCCAUGUCCUUCCCUGCAGGAUGUCUCUGACGGUGUGCCCUGCCCUGGCUGGAUCCUAGGAGCCCACAGGGUCCUCUGCACCGCCGGGUGGCUAGGCCUCAGUGGUGGGAGGGGCCCUCUACCUGGCCCCCCUGGCCCCACGCCUUAGUGAUGAGCCACCCCUUGCCUCUGUAGAGGGGACCUCCCCUUCCUUUCUGACAGGUCCUGCAAAGGGAGGGGUCAACAAAAAGCCAUGAGCUAGGAACCGAGUUCCUGGGUUCUAAUCCUGGGCAAGCCCCUGGCCAUUACUGGGUCCCAAUUCUUCUGACUGUGAAGCAGGGAGAGAGUGGCGUCUCGGUGCCCAGGGCCUUCCAGCAUCUUGCAGGCUCUGGGCUGGGUCGUGUAGAUGGAGAGCUUGACCCCUUGCCACCCCUCCCACUAGUAGUUUUAUCUGGCCCCGUUUUUGCUGCUUCAGGGCCACCACCUUCAAGGCUCCUAUGGGGCUGCCCAUCCAUGGCUCUGCCUACAGAAGGGGCAUAAUGCACGUGCCUGCCCCUGACCCUGCUGUUUUUAUUGAAAUUGAAAAAACGGACUUGACCUGGGCAGGGUUGUGGUACAGAGCCCCAACCUGCCCAGCCAACCACAAGAUCUCAGGCGCUUUGGAGGGUAAGGGGUGAGGCCUCUGGCCUCGGUGGUUUCUGUGUCCCCGUGGUGUUGGUGUGUCUGUCCCCUGGCCUGGGCAGUGCGGGCGACUGCCCAGCCCGCGUCUCCACUCUGGCUCAGCAACCUCGUUAUUUAUGUGGGGCUGUGCAGGCAUGGGCCCACUGCUGUCCCCGUUUCUCUUAUUUAUUGAAACUUCGCUGUUGUCCCACCCUUGUGUCUC